AUGAAGGAUUGGCAUGAAAUAUUUGCCCAAAAUGUGCUUGUCCCUCCCCACCCCCAGAGGGUGCGCCAGCUUCCGAAGGAAUCCACAGCAUAUCAGUGUGUUCUGAAGUGGCUUGAUGGGCCGCUCAUUAAGCAGGGCCUGCAGGAAGUGCUGUCGGAGAUCGAAUGCCAUCUGCGAGUGUCUUUCUUUGACGUCACCUACCGACACUUCUUUGGGAGGACAUGGAAAACCACAGUGAAACCGACCAAGCAGCUCUCGAGGCAGCCGCCGAGGAUCAUCUUCAGUGAGCCCUUAUAUUUUCACACAUCCUUAAACCACCCUAACAUCGUGGCAGUGGUAGAAGUGGUCAUCGAAGGCCAGAAACGGGAUGGGAUCUUCCAGACAUUGUCCUGUGGGUUUGGAAUUCUUCGGAUCUUCAGCAAUAAGCCAGAGUCUCCUACCUCUGCUUCCCAGGACAAGCGGUUGCGAUUGUAUCAUGGCACCCCCAGGGCCCUCCUGCACCCGCUGCUCCAGGACCCCAUAGAACAGAACAAGCACUUGACCCUCCUUGAGAGCUGCAGCCUGCAGUACACCUUGAAGCCACACCCGGCCCUGGCGCCCGCACUCCACCUGCUCCCCGAGAACCUCCUGGUGUCUGGCUUGCAGCACAUUCCAGGCCUCCUGCCAGCUCAUGGAGAAGAGGGUGAUGCCCUUCGAAAGCCCCACCUUCAGAAGUGUGUCACCCUGUACUUGGACGAUUUGUUCUUCAACUUGUACCCCUCCCUGGAGAAAUUUGAAGAAGAGCUUCUGGAAUGCCUCACCAGUGAUCGCUUCUGGGAGGGGAGCAGCCCCAGGGAUGGCGGCGCCCUGGAGAUCCGGGAGCGGCGCCUGUGUGUGGGUGUGCACAACGGAUUGGUCUUUGUGCAGAGGCCGCAGGUGGUUGUGCUGGUGCCUGAGAUGGAGGUGGCCCUGGCACGCUCGGCCAGCUUCAGCAGAAAGGUUGGCUCCUCCUCCAAGAGCAGCUCUGGAAACCAAGCUUUGGUUUUGAGAAGUCGUCUUCGCCUCCCCGAGAUGGUCAGCCACCCGGCAUUUGUGAUUGUCUUCCAGCUGGAAUACGUGUUCAGUGCCCCGACAGGACCAGACGGCAUGGCAGCGUCUGCUACCUCGCUGUCCAACUUGGCCUGCAUGCACAUGGUUCGCUGGGCUGUCUGGAGCCCUGGGCCAGAUGCCAGGUCUGGACGGGUGACUUUACCCCUUCAGGGUGGGACUCAGCCUGGCCCCUCUCACUGUUUGGUCUACAAGGUGCCCUCAGCCAGCAUGAGCUCUGAAGAGGUGAAGCAGGUGGAGUCGGGCACAGUGCGGUUCCAGUACUCACUCAGUACCGAAGAACACUUGGACAUGUCUCCAGAGUGGGCUGUCAGUACCAAGGCAGAGAGCCGGCAGCCCUCCAAGAAGCCACCCACAUCCCCUUCAAGUCCGACAGUGCCACCACCCUCGAAGCUUGCUGCCACUCAGGACUCACCCGUGGGACCAGGAUUGUCGAUUUCCCAGCUGGCAGUGUCCCCGCACCCCCCAACCCAGCGUCGGUCAGCUAGGCCUUCUCCACAGCAGCCUGAUGGCUCACCGCCCAGCCCAGCCCAUGCGGAGCACCCCUUUGAGGGCAGGAUCUCUCACCUGGAAGCUGACCUGAGCCAGACUUCUGUGGUCCUGGACACGUGCAUUGCUGAGCAGUUGCAGGAGCUGCCCUUCACACCAUUGCAUGCCCCAAUCGUCAUUGGGGCCCAGGCCAGGAGCUCCGGAAGUGCACUCUCCCGUGCCUCAGUGGUGCUCCUGCAGUCCUCUGGCUUCCCAGAGAUUUUGGAUGCCAAUAAGCAACCAGCUGAGGCUGUGAAUCCCACGGAUCCCGUGAAAUUCUCCCCUCAGAAAGAAGAAUCAGACUGUCUGCAGAGCAACGAAAUAGUGCUGCAGUUUCUUGCCUUCAGCCGAGUAUCCCAGGACCACAGGGGAACGCCGUGGCCAAAGACUGUGUAUUUCACCUUCCAGCUGUACCGCUUCCCACCUACCAUCACACCCCGGCUGCAGCUGCUCAAGCUGGAUGAGGCCUUGAAGACCAGCUCAGGCUCCUUGUCCCAUAUCCUUGUGCCAGUUAACAAAGAUGGCUCCUUUGAUGCUGGCUCUCCUGGCUUCCAGCUCAAGUACAUGGUGGAUGCCGGGUUCCUGAAGCCUGGAGAACGGCGAUGCUUCCUUCACUACCUGGCUGUGCAGACCCUGCAGAUCGAUGUCUGGGAUGGGGAUGCCCUGCUCCUCAUUGGCUCUGCUGCUGUCCAGAUGAAGCAUCUCCUCCGCCAAGGGCGGCCGGCUGUCCAGGUCUUGCAUGAACUUGAGGUGGUGGCAACGGAAUAUGAACAGGACAUGGUGGUGGUCAGUGGAGACAUGACCCAGUUUGGCAGUGUCAAGCCCAUUGGCGUCCACACAGUGAUGAAGGGCCGGCUGCACCUGACCUUGGCCAAUAUAGGUCACUCGUGUGAGGAGAGCAUGAAAGAUUCCAGCCCAUUGCCACCAUCUAGGUCCCGGGUCAUCUCCAACGACGGGACCAGCGGCUUCUCGGGAGGCAGUCUCCUUACAAGGGGGGCCGUGAGACGGAAACGUGUGGUCCAGGCUCAGAAGCUGGCUAACAUAGACAGUGAGCUAGCUGCCAUGUUGUUCACCCACAUGCAGUCAGGGGGUCAGAACCCCCGGAGUUCUGGCCACGAGGCAGAUGCUGUCCGCAGGCGCAAGCUGGAGAGGAUGAGGUCUGUGCGCCUUCGGGAGUCUGGAGGAGAGCUUGGCGGCCGGAGGAGCAGUAUGCUGGCUCAGCAGAGUAUCCGCGCACAGCACUCACGGGACCUGCAGGUCAUAGAGGCCUACCGUGAGCGCACAAAGGCUGAAGGCAUUUCCAACCUGCUGAGCCUGGCCAUCACCACCCAGCACACACUCUAUGCCUCGCUGGGCACUGCUGAGUUCUUUGAGUUCGCUCUUAAGAACCCUCACAACAUGCAGCACACGGUGACCAUUGAGAUCGACAGUCCCGAACUCAGCAUCAUCCUGGACAGCAGGGAGUGGCGGCACUUUAAAGAUGCAGCUGGCCUGCUCACGCCAGUGGAAGAGGACAUGUUCCAUCUGCGUGGUGGCAGCCUGGCCCCUCAGCUGUACCUGCGCCCCAAGGAGAUUGCCCACAUCCCCUUCAAGUACCAGACUUUCUCUGUUGGCCAGCCGGCUAUGACACAGGCCUAUGCUGAACGGAGUCCUGAGCAGGGCGUGGAGGCAGAAUCUCCCUGGAAGUCUAGCGCUGCAUGCACGAAACAUGCUAAGGUUACCUUCAGGGCGAGCAGUGGCAAGCCCCUGGCUGUGCUCUGCCUGGCCGUGGAGCCCCAGCCCCACGUGGUGGACCAGGUCUUCCGCUUCUACCACCCAGAGCUCACCUUCCUGAAGAAGUCCAUCCGCCUGCCUCCAUGGCACACGCUUCCAGGUGCCCGUGUGGGAACACCUGGUGAGGAUCCCCCAGUCCAGGUUCGCUGUAGUGACCCCAACGUCAUCUGUGAGACACACAGUGUGGGCCCUGGGGAGCCCCAAGACGUGUUCCUGAAGGUGGCCAGUGGUCCAAGCCCAGAGAUAAAGGACUUCUUUGUCACUAUCUAUGUGGAUCGCUGGAUGGCAGCGCCCAUCCAAAUCUGGCAGCUCUACCUGCACUCCCUGCAGCGCGUGGAUGUCUCCUGUGUCACAGGCCAGCUGACCCGCCUGUCCCUGGUCCUUCGGGGGACACAGAUGGUUAGGAAAGUGAGAGCCUUCACCUCACACCCUCAGGAGCUAAAGACGGACCCCAAAGGUGCCUUCGUGCUUCCUCCUCAUGGCGUGCAAGACCUGCAUGUGGGUGUGCGGCCCCAGCGGGCCGGCAGCAGGUUCGUCCACCUCAAUCUCGUUGAUGUGGAUUUCCACCAGCUCGUGGCCUCCUGGCUCAUCUGCCUCUCAUGCCGCCAGCCUCUCAUUUCCAAGGCCUUUGAGAUCACAUUGGCUGCAGGUGAAGGGAAAGGAGCCAACAAGCGGAUCACCUAUACCAACCCUUACCCAUCCCGGAGGGUGUACCACUUGCACAGCAACCACCCUGACCUUCUGCAGUUCAAGGAGGACUCCUUUGAGGUCGGAGGAGGAGAAACCUACACAAUUGGGCUACGGUUUGCCCCAAGUCAGAGUCCUGGAGAGGAGGAGAUUCUCAUCUAUAUCAAUGACCAUGAAGACAAAAACGAAGAGACGUUUUGCGUGAAGGUUGCCUACCAGUAA